CUAAAUCUGAAUUUUUAGAAAUGAUUCCUGGCUGUCAUAUUAUAGUAUUAGUGUAACUUAAAUCUGUAAUCAUUUUCUUCUGGUGAAUUCUGACACACAAGCGUAUCUCCGUAUAUAUAUAUAGGAAAGGAAAAAUGUCUGUUCGCCGAAACUUCAUGAAUGUUGUUCGUAACUACACAGAGGCUGAGGUUAAAGUUCGUGAAGCCACAUCAAAUGAUGCCUGGGGUCCUUCAAGUUCACUGAUGAGUGAAAUAGCAGAUAUGACAUAUAAUGUUAUCGCAUUUUCGGAAAUAAUGUCUAUGAUUUGGAAAAGAGUAAACGAUCAUGGGAAAAAUUGGCGGCAUGUUUAUAAAGCACUUACGCUGUUGGAUUAUCUUAUAAAAACUGGUUCAGAAAGAGUUGCUCAGCAGUGCAAGGAGAAUAUUUUUGCUAUACAAACACUUAAAGAUUUCCAGUUUCUUGAUCGAGAUGGGAAAGAUCAAGGUUUAAAUGUCAGAGAGAAAUCGAAACAACUAGUCCUUCUUCUCAAAGAUGAAGAUCGUUUGAAAACUGAAAGAGCAAGAGCAAUAAAAGCAAAAGAGAGAUUUGCUCAGGCCACUACUGGUAUAGGAAGUGAUCGUCAGAUUUCAUAUGGGCAUGGAAGUUCAACACCGCAAACUCAUCGUACACCAGAGACCAGACACACAGCUCUCACAUCUUCACCAGUGUCAACAGAACUUGAGCAGGCUCGACCUCAAACAGCAGGCGAAGAAGAACUUCAGCUGCAAUUAGCUCUCGCUAUGAGUAAAGAAGAAGCAGAACAAGACAAGAAAGUAGAUGACAGCGAUGAUCUUCGAUUAAAAAUGGCACUAAACAAAAGUGUUGAAAAUGCAAAACCAGCAGUUGCCCCAACAUCAAACAAUCAGUCCAGUCUUCUUGAUCUCACAAACGCAGCAGCACAAUUGAAUGAUCCAUGGGGAAGAAAUCAAGCUGCUGCAGCUGCCUCUCCAAUAGCCCAGCCUGCCGUUGAUCCAUUUGGUUUGCCAGUGGCUACACCACAACCUCAGCAACCCGCUGAUCCAUGGGGUCCCGCACCAGAGAUGUCAAGACCUGAGAUUCAGUCUAUUCCAAAAGAUCCCUGGGGUGUCACGCCUCCGGUUGUUGUUGAUUCAAUCGAUCCAUGGGGUGGCGGCAACCAACAACCACAAAUCAAGGUGCAGGGUGGCGAUUCAUGGUCUUCACCGAAUACAGUAGUUGCACAGCCUGCUGUAAGUAAUGGUUUCGAUCCUUUUGCUUCAUUGGCAACGUCUAGUAUACAGCCCACGCAAAAUACAACUGGAGUACAAAAUCUUAUGGAUGAAUUUGACACUCUUGGAUUGGCUUCUGUUAACAUAAAUUCGACUGAUUUGAAGCCAAAAAAAUCUGCCAACGAUUUCCUUGGAGAAGCAGCUGAUCUCGUGAAUCUUGAUAGUCUUGUCACUCCUGCUCCCUCCAAUAAAGCUGUGAGCAAUCCAUUUACUAGUUCUGCAAUGCCCCGUGGCCCUGCACCAUCAUAUCAAUUCCCCCAGCCAACACCUCAACCAAGCAUUAAUCAAAUACGAGGGGGUCCAUCACUUCGACCCACACUAGGCACUACUGUGCCUCCAGCAUCUCUGAUGGGAGCACCAACUAUGGUGACCCCAAUGCCCCCCUAUGGAAUGCAAACGAAUCCAAUGGCAAUGCCGGGAUAUGGUGUGCCGUCUCCUAAUCCGAUGGCCACUUAUGGUAUGACAGGGAUGGCACCUGGGGGUAUGAUGGCAAAUAAUAGCUUAGCAAUGCAACCCAACAUGGGUAUGGGUAUGCAACCUCAAAUGACGCAGGACAAUAAAGCAAAUCCUUUUAUGCUUUAAUAUUUGCUGUUUGUUUUACUUUUCACUUGACUAAUAUAUCACAUCAGUUGCUCUGUUUAUUAGUUUUCUCAUUAAUGGCUGUAACCGGAAAUACUCAGUGAGUUUAAUUGAACAUUUUAUUCAAUGAAGAUAUAUCUUUGCAAUGCAAUUCCCAUUUUGUAUAAUAAACUCAAACAGGAUGAAAUUUUAUGUUUUGGGAAUUCUGGUAUAUUCAUAUAUAUAUUAUGAUAUAAUUUAUGACUUUACUUAUAAGAAACAAAAUAUGUAUAACAAAAAGUUCUAUAUUAAAUAAGAAGUCAUUUUGCGUUUAUACAUCUACAGAAAUCUAUUAAAUUUGAAGUCCAGUCUAGAGUAAAUAGACCAGGCCACAGUUUUUUUCUACCAGUAAUCAUCUGCAAAUGAUAUAGGGAAUAUAGAUAUGUUUCAAUAUUUUAUUCCUGUUAUGUCAGACAUAUCAAACAUACUUACAUAUUUCACUUCAUCACUGACAGCUAUCAGUCUUUUUAUAACACAUGUAAGUCAGUAACUUAAUGAUUGCAGUAUAUCUAAACAGCUCACAGUUAUUUGUCAAGAAACUCAAGUCAAUAAACUUAUUAACUUUACAUUCUUUUUAUAAUUUUGUAUAAAAAUUUAUAAUUUUUUUUCAUAAUCAUAUUUGGUUGUACAGUAAUAAAUUAUAGCAUGGUUUUCUUCACUUUUUUUGUCCUUCCUCAACUGAAAAUAUUCAGAAUUUGUUGAACAUUUUUUCUUUAAAUAAAAAUGAGGAGAAUAUUCUAUCAUUCUUGUAAGGUUCAUAAUCUGUUGCUUUUUCUGUCCAGAAGCAUAUAUAAAUUUUCUCAUUCAUUCCAGCAAGUUCUUUAUUUUGAGAAUAAUAUUCAACUGGUGAUUUCAAUGAAGAAUUUCCUUAUGAAAAGCAUAGAACAUGUCUCGUUGAUAUGCCAAGAGUUGAAGAGAAUUUCUUAUAUCAUUGCAAUGAUGGUGGUUUGUGACUGUAGAUUAUUUUACUGCAUUGGAUAUGCUAUAUUGGCUUUUUUUCUUCAUAGUACGUUUGUUAUUUAUUAGGCGUCAUUUGUGUUGCUUAUAAUAAGAUAAUAUCCUAAUUUCUAACAAUGUUUUGGUUUUAACUCAGCAUUCCAUUGUAAAUGAGGAGCCAGUUUAAUCCAGUCAAGUAUGUUAAAAAAUCAGCAAUAUCGAAUGUUGAAAUUGAUGGUGCUGAUGCCUGCCCUAUUCGAUUACUCACUUGUGCUUGGAAAACACAAACUAUUUUAACUUCAUUGCUAGAAAAUUUUUGCAAUUUUCUUCCUGGAAUGACUAUACUUUGCCUAAUAUGUUAUUCAUCAACUGUAAAUGUUUUUUUUGGAUUAGGUUUUAUGAUUCAACACACCUAACUCUGACCAAAUGAAUCGAAUGUUUUAGUUUUCGAAACUUUGUCUUGGACAAAUAUUAAUUGAAAUGACAAUAUGAACAAGCUUGGUGUGAAUCGGGUAAUCUGAUUCAAUUAUGCAGUUGAUAUAUAAGAGGUAAGAUGAGAUUACCAAAACAUUUUGGCGUUUUUAUUUAAAUAUAGUGUGCAGUUUGUUGUUGCCGUGUUUUAUGUCAGUGACUGCCUUGUGCAUUUGUAGUGUAUCUUUAUUUUUCAUACUAUUGUAUAUAUCUAUUGCGUAAUUAAUGAUAUUUACUUGCAUAGUCUACCCAUAUGUAGUGUGCUAUAUUCUGUUGUAUUUAGCUUUCUUACAAAAGGCUUCUUUUCUUGCUCUUCCCACUCUAUUAGAAUGAUCUAUACACCAUUUUUGGCAACAACUUUAUAAAUGUAGAGUGUGAUACAAUAUCUUAUAUUACUGUACACAAAGUUACACAGGUUGGAAUGGUUUCAUUACAGCAUACAGCAUACUUUAUAUGUCAGGCUCCUUCCCUGAAGGACUUUCACUGAUAAUACAGUAGCUUCUGCUGAAAAAGGAAGUUUUAUUUUAAUCACAGUUGAUUUUGGAUUCUUUGGACAUUAAAAAUCUUUGCUGCCAAACUUGAGGUUGGAUUCAUUUCUGAGAAGUCGCUUCUUUGAUUUUUGUACAGUUCUACUGUUAUAAACAACGCUAUCGUUGAAUUUUCCUUUCAUGUAACCUGGUAUGUUAUUAAUAAAUGUCCAAAGUGCAUACCUACCCUA